AUGUCUCUGCUGUCAUCCUUUCUGGAAAAGAUUCAUUCUAGACCCUGUGACCCGCCUAGUCUCCUGCAACUGGUAAUGCGGAGUCUGUUGGCCGAGGAAGCCCAGAUCAUCAGCGCUCUGCAGGACCUGCCCGUGGCGCUCCUCCCACAGCUGUUCCUGGAGGCCUAUGCCCGGAGAUACAAGGCAGCCCUGAAGGUCAUGGUGCAGGACUGGCCCUUCCGCUGUCUUCCUCUGGGCUGCUUCAUUGAAGACUUGCUGACUGAGUAUUUCAGGAUCAAUGCUGUGUUGGAUGGACUUGAUGCUUUGCUCACCCAGAAGGUUCGCUCCAGGUGCCUGAGGACCUCUUUGGAGACCUUGUCCCUCACGGAGUGUCCACUUCUAGAACAAGACAUGACACAUCUGUGCCAGUGCGCCAACCUCACCCAGCUGAAGGAGCUGAGUCUGAGAGGCACCAGCCUGAGCCUGGUGAGGGAGCCCCUGCGCAUGCUGCCGGAGAACUGUGCGCCCACCCUGCAGGACCUGGAUUUAGGAAUAUGUGGGCUCCAGGACUCCCACCUGGAGGCCAUCCUGCCUGCGCUGAAACUCUGCUCCCAGCUCAGCGUCCUGAGCUUUUAUGGGAAUAGCGUGUCCAUGGCCACCCUGGUCCAGAUGCUGCACCACCUGGCCGGGCUGCCCCACUUAACGCUGGAGGUCUAUCCGGCCCCGCAGGAGAGCUACAUUGCUCCGAACACGCUCCACCAAAGGACCUUUGAUCUGCUUUGCGCAGAGCUGAGGGGGGUUCUCAGGGACUUAGGAAAGCCCAGGUCCAUCCUUCUCAGCACCAUGUCCUGUUCUUGCUGUGGCAAGAUUAUGUUCCACAACUGUGAGCCCAUGUUGUUCCCUGUCUCCUGCUACAAUGGUCUGAUUCAAAAAAUUUCAUUUCCAAAUUGA